GGGGCCGGCGCCCGCAAGCGCCAGCGCUACGUGGAGAAGGACGUGAAGUGCAACGUGCAGCACGGGAACGUGCGGGAGACCUACCGCUACCUCACCGACAUCUUCACCACGCUCGUGGACCUCAAGUGGCGCUUCAGCCUCCUCGUCUUCAUCCUCGCCUACGCCGUCACCUGGCUCUUCUUCGGCCUCAUCUGGUGGUUCAUCGCCUACUGCCGGGGGGACCUGGACCACCUGGAGGACCACGCCUGGACCCCCUGCGUCAACAACCUCAACGGCUUCGUCCCUCCCUCCCCCACCGAGCCGAACCCCCCCAUCGGCUACGGCCACCGCGUCAUCACCGACAAGUGUCCCGAGGGCAUCGUGCUGCUGCUGCUCCAGGCCAUCCUGGGCUCCAUGGUCAACGCCUUCAUGGUGGGCUGCAUGUUCGUCAAGAUCUCCCAGCCCAACAAGCGCGCCGAGACCCUGGUCUUCUCCUCCCACGCCGUGGUCUCCCUGCGGGACGACCGCCUCUGCCUGAUGUUCCGCGUGGGCGACCUGCGGGACUCGCACAUCGUGGAGGCCUCCAUCCGCGCCAAGCUCAUCAAGUCCAAGCAGACGCAGGAGGGCGAGUUCAUCCCGCUGGACCAGACCGACCUGAGCGUGGGCUUCGAGACGGGCGACGACCGCCUCUUCCUCGUCUCGCCCCUCAUCAUCAGCCACGAGAUCGACGAGCGCAGCCCCUUCUGGGACGUCUCGCGGCACCAGCUGGAGAAGGACGAUUUUGAGAUCGUCGUCAUCCUCGAGGGGAUGGUGGAGGCCACAG